AUGGGGAAGUCCGCUGCAACCCUCGAUGCAGGCGCGAACCCCAGCUCGUCAGCCAGCUCCCCGUCAGCUCAAGCUGCCCCAGAUGGACCGCGAAACUUUGAGUUCGUCUUGGUCACGGAUUCCGAGUCCAGAAGACAGGUUCGACGCCAUGCGAUGCGCCAGUACGUUCACCAGCGGCGGCUCGACGGUAUAGCACGGCUCGAGUCGACACGCGUACAGGUUUCGGGCUGGUCAACAGGCAGCAACAAGGUGCAGGGCGAGGCCAGAAGCGUCUCGCCCAAGGUAGAGGAGCUCGACGACGACAGUAACGAACAAAAGGGACCCUGCCGGUCUCGCAGCCAGCAUAUCCAGCGCAGGGCUAGCCAGCGAGCAGCAGCCGUAGCGGCUACAACAGAUGUGACCAAGUACCCCAUGAUGAUGUAUAAAAUGGAAAAUGCCCAGCAAGACAACCCUAUCCGAGCCAUAUUCCAUAAAAUAGCGCUCCAUGACCCUGUCCCGUUUCAAGCCAUGCUGGCUGUUGCUGCAAAGCACAGGGCUGGCAUGGAGGGGCAGGUGGAGACCGUACAAUCCCUGACACACAAGAUGCGUGCGCUGAAACUCAUCAAGGAGCGACUAAAAAAUGAUGAUAUCGAUAAGGAAGAUGGCACUUUGUACGCAGUCGCUAGUCUGACUGUUAUCGAGAAAUGGUCGAAAGAUUCCGUCGUUGAACGCACUCAUUUCCAGGGAAUCAAACAGUUGAUCCGGAGGCGAGGAGGCAUGCAAGCAAUGCGGACAAGAAGUGCCACUGGUCCGUUCUUGGAAAAAGUUGUCUACUGGGUCGAUUUCUGCUGCGCUUCCAAUGCCAUCGUGGGUGCCGGCCUUCCCUGGACCGGUGAAAUUCCCGAUGUACCCCCCAAGAAUCUCAGCUUCGUACCCCCAGAGGUUAUUCCCGUGAUUCCCGCAGAAGCCCCCGCAAGCGAAGACCCUGAUGACAUCCCCGACAUUCUUCAAGCAUGCGAGGAUUUUCUUGCAUUUUUCCGGUCCCUAGAUGACCUGGAAUGUGCAUUCUUGUACAGUCAGCCGCUGCCGCCUUUAAGAUUGGACGGGCUGGAAAGUCCACAGAGGCCCUUUGAAGAGACUUCCCCACUUUAUACUCUUCUGGCUAAUUUGCCAGAUUACGACCACGGUAUUCGAGAUGUUCGUUUCAUCGACGAAUACACAUGCAUGGCCUGCUUAUUUUACUUGAACUUUGCACUCCAUGACUACUAUUUAAGCCAUAAAAACUUUGAUGGCUAUCUGAAUUGGGUGAAUAGUGCCAUAAGGGCGGUAAACCCACGUUCAAGUCCAAGCAUCGCCACACUCCUCUGGAUAUUCCUUAACAAUGGAGGAUUCCAAUAUAAUGAGAAGUCUGAUUCUGGGGAAAGAAACUGGCUAGUAUCUAGGAUGCUGCGUAUCGCAAAACGCCUGGAAUGGAAGCAGCACGGCAGUCUCUGGGACAAGCUGCGUUCUAUUUUGUUUCAAUUCUUGCUUACCCAAAGCCAAUGCGGCCUUGGACGGUCGUUUAUCAACGAGGUAGAGCUUAAUGCUCGUAAAGAAAGGUUAAGUCGUGGCAGGCAGUUCAUAUGGGAUGAAGACGAAAUGAGGCAAAAUAUCCUUGGAAGCCUAUAUACUGGGCCUCCAAUCUUCGGACAACCGCCUGUUCCUGUCACCAUCUCCCAUAAUUAUCCUCAAGGCUCAGUUAUAGCCGACACUGCCAUUGGUCUUUAGGGGCACGUUCCUUUAUUCAAAAGAGAAUUGGUGUUGGCCCGGAGUCUUACUGCAUUUACCUCUGAUGAUUGCUUACGGGUAUUGUGUCGUCUACCGUUAUACAUGUUGUUUUGGAAUACUUUGUUAUUUCUGGGGUUUGGGUAGAGCAUGGAGAAUUUUCUAUUUAUUGUCAUUCCCCUUAGGAUAGAUACCCUCUGUGAGUUGGAGAUGCCGCGUCUUGGGUUUUUUGUGAGAAAAGUAUAUACUGCGACGGCCUUUAUGAAAUAAUAUUUUUGGGGUGUUAUAUGAUCGUGACUUGCAAUGUCAGUUAUCAUUAUAUUAAAAUAUAUCAAAUCUGAGUGUAUUUUCUGUUCCCUUCUCAGCUCUGACUCCAAUUAACGUUACUUUGGUACGUUGUGGUAACUAUUUUGGCGCAAUUCACGUGAUAAUGACUCGCCUCCCUGGGGCAAUGCUACAAGGACUCA